AUGACUGUAUUAAUUCUUUUUCAAGACAAUGGCACUCAAUCAGAGGAAGUCUGCGGCUUCGUAUCAGAUACCUCGUUUUCCUUACAUUUGGCUGGUCUUGUUGCUAGUAGAUUGAUGGUUCGUGAGUACCACACUCGAAUGCAACUGCUCCGGCAUUUCGACGGCUACGCUUAUCUACUGCGCCCCUGGCUAUUGGAGCACAUUCUGCCUGAGGUAAGCUUAGAGUAG